AGCCGGGCUCGAGUCGAAAAUCGCGAGCGCUGGUGCUUGUCCUGCGCGCCGGACCUGUUGAAACAACUUUUGUGAUCGCUGAGGAAGGUCUCCCUUCGAGGCGUUGCAAACGGAGGACUGCCUGCAAAGUUUAAGCAGCCCCAGCUCGCCGACGUCUUCCGCCGCGGACAGCGCGAGACGGCAGCAUAACUCGGAACGCUUGCGCAGCAAAAAAGCGCGAAACGGCAGCAAGAUAACAAGCAAGCAAAAACAAUGGCGCGCUCGACCUGCUGGAUGGAUAUCAGCAUCGGCGGCCGGCCCGAGGGGCGCAUCACCUUCGCGCUCUACGACGGCCAGGCGCCGCGCACCACGCAGAACUUCUUGAUGCUCUGCACCGGCGAGAAGGGCAUCGGCAAGACCACAAAAAAACCGCUCCACUACCGGCACUCGACGUUCCACCGCGUGAUCCCGGGCUUCAUGGUGCAAGGCGGUGCGACGCAGCGUCUCGCGGCGAUUGCGCCUUCAUUUCAUGAGACGCGCGGGCAACGCGAGGGGUGUCGCGGCGAUGGCGUCGGGGGUGGUCUCCACGCCAUCGGGCAGACGGACACGACUUCGACGUCGCCUUCAUGAUCACACGAGGGUCCAUGCGCAGGCGACUUCAGCGAGCACAACGGCACGGGCGGCGAAUCUAUAUAUGGGGGCAAGUUUGAGGACGAGGCCUUCCACUUCAAGCAUACCAGGGCGGGGCUCCUGAGCAUGGCGAACGCCGGGCCGAACACGAACGGGAGCCAGUUCUUCAUCACCUGCGGGCCGGCGCCGCACCUCGAUAGCAAGCACGUCGUCUUCGGGGAAGUGAAGAGCGGCAUGGAAGUGGUACGUGCGAUUGAAAAGGUCGACACGUAUCUGAAAGACGCGCCGGCGGCGGCGCAGCGCGUCCGCAUCGAAGCUUGUGGUGUCAAAGAGACGGGCAAUGACCGAGACGCGCGCGACUUAGCUUUAGCUGAAAAAAAAGCAGCCAAGAAGCGCAAGAAAAAGGAGAAAAAGGAAAAGAAGGAAAAGAAGUCGUCCAAGAAAAAAAAGAAGAAGAAGGACGCCAAAAAGAAGGACAAGAAACACAAACGUGCGCCCUCGCCGCCGCCCAUGCCGCGCGCGCGGUCGCCGGAGCCGCCGACGCGCUACUACCCGCCGCGGCGGAGCGACUCCUUUGGCCGCGACGCGCGCCGUUCGCGGUCGCGGUCGCGGUCGCCGCCGCGGCGCCGCUACAGCGACGACAGCCCGCCGCGGCGCCGCCCGUCGUCGCGGUCGCGGUCGCGGUCGCCGCCGCGCCGGUCGCCGCCGCGCCGGUCCCGGUCGCCGCUGCGACGCUCGCGGUCGCCGCCGCGACGGUCCCCGCCGCGGCGCUACCGCUCGCGCUCGCCGCCGCGCCGCCGGUCGCGCUCGCCGCCGCGGCGCUACGGCCGCUCGCGGUCGCCGUUGCGGCGGUCCCGGUCGCCGCCGCGGCGCUCGCGGUCGCCGCCGAGGCGGUCGCGGUCGCCGCCGCGCCGGCGCCGGUCGGACAACCGGUCGCCGUCGUCGUCGUCGAGCUCGAGCUCGAGCUCCUAACUUAUUUUCUAGUACUACUCUCAUGCUACUAGUACUCUCGAGAGCGGUCGCCGCCCCGACGGCGUCCAUCGCCACGCCUUAAUGAGCGCUGCGCGUGUCAGAAGCUAAGCCUUCCACUCGGACUCGAGAGCGGUGGCCCGUACAUGCCAGACGCCGUCGAGCAGUCGCCGCCCCGAUGGCGUCCAUCGCCACGCCGUAAUGAGCGCUGCGCCUGUCAGAAGCUAAGCCUUCCACUCGGAGUCGGCAUCGGUCGGGCGUGCCGCGGCCCGCGUCGCCGUUGUAACACGCAACGGAAUAGAGCAACGGAAGGACAGAGAGAACAUAC